AUGUUUUUACCAUCAGUGCGGUCUCCGAUUACUCAGCUAAAGCGAGUUUCAAAUGCGAUAACGGCGAGGUACAGCAAACUGAGCUUUUAUGGCAAGGCACUGAUAUGGUUCCUCGCCCUUUUCUAUGUCUGUCUUGUGGCUGCCAUAGUUGUCAUCACACCAAGCCGGAUCGCGCAGGCCCUCUAUGAUGCUGCUCAGAGUUUGCGCAGACAGAAGUUUGGCUGGUUAGUUCUCGGUGCCAUUCUAGUUGUCGUGUGCUUCCCUCCGUUCAUUGGGUAUUCGACGGUCGUCAAUCUUUGUGGCUUCACCUACGGUCUUAAAGGAUUCUUUAUUGCUGGGCUUGCCACCUUGAUUGGUUCGGCUUUGGUCUUCACGACGCUACGACUCCUCUUUAGCAGGAGAGUUCAACGCUGGACAUCGACGAGUGAGAAAUGGCAAGCUCUCGAAACAGUCAUUCGGGCCAAGGGACUACCCCUUAUCAUUCUCAUUCGCAUAUCGUCCUUCCCCCCAUGGGUCUACGCCAACGCGUUGUUCGCGGGUAUAAACUCCGUCUCUCUUCUACAAUUCCUCGUCGCUACAGUAUUCGUACUUCCACGCAUUUUCCUCUUUGUGUUUAUCGGGUCAAGAGUCGCCAAAUUUUCCGACGGUGAACAGCGGCAUCGCAUGGACACUCAAACCAAGGUUGUCAACGGUUUGGCGAUUGCUGGAGGUAUCCUCCUAACAAUCAUAGCAAGUUCGCUGGUUUACUACCUGAUGCAGAAGCAGAUUCGUCAACUUCACCAGAGUGCAUUGGAGCGUGACGAACUGGCGGCAGAAGCGUUAGAAGCAAGUGAAGAAGCACCACUCCUGCAGAGUGGUACCCCUUAG